ACUCGUGUACGCAUCCUUAGAAGUAAAAUUCUCGACAUAAAAACACUAACACUGGAUAUUAGUUCAAUCAAAUGGAGAUAAAGACACCAAAAUCCAAAAACGAAAACUCGAAAUUACACUUUAAAGAUGGGAUUGUGCAACACUGUGAAUAGGAUCACCAACCGCCUCAACCAAAGAGCAACUUGAAUGAAAGGGAAUUUUGGCUGAAUUUUCACAGACUCGUGAACGAAGUCUUAUUGGUUCUCAGCACUUGAUGCAUAGCCAAAGACACAAAAGACAAUGGCGAAGAUUUGUACAGAGCAGUCCUACCCGUCCCGGCUACAUCUCUCGGUUCGAGCCUCUGACGAUGAACUGAACCAGACUGAAAAUGGUGCAAGCAGGGCACAUUCUCUUUGUGAGGACACCUCUUCUGACAUGCAGGGAAUUAUUUCUACUGGAACUAGCCAGUUUCAGGAGUCCAGGAGAAGUUCCUUCACAGGUUCGGGGGCUAUGGCAAGGCUCACUCAAUUCCUGGUUAUGCUGCGGACCUGGGCAUCUCACAGGCUUCACAGAGAGGUCGAGCGUCCCGACUCCUUCUUGGAGCGAUUUCGUGGACCAGACCUCAAAGACUUGUCUAGCCGUGGGAGUAACGCCCGUUCCUCUAUAGGUCUUCCUGACAGACCUCGUAAGAGGAAAAAAGACAAACACUGGCCUAUGGCAACUUACAAUAUGAACAACUGCAACAAUACAGAUGACAAAAAGGAGGAGAAAAAGGAGGAAAUAAAAAAGGAUGGAGACAAGGAAGAGAAAAAAGAGGAGAAAAAGGAGGAGAAAAAAUAUGAAAAUAAAGAUGAGAAAAAGGAGGAGAAAAAAGAUGAAAAGAAAGAUGAUAAGAAAGAUGAUAAAAAGAAAGAUGCUCCUCCCCCACCGAAGGAAGUUUGGAUCAUGGACCCCUCCUCAGACAAAUAUUACAGAUGGUUGUCUAUCAUAGCAGCGCCGGUUUUCUACAACCUCAUUAUGUUGGUAACAAGGGCGUGUUUCAAUGAGCUUCAGAACUCAUAUACAGUGCUUUGGAUCAUCCUGGACUACGGCUCAGAUGUGAUCUACUACAUGGACACGUUCGUUCGAUCAAGAACAGGUUUUUUGGAGCAGGGCCUUCUUGUUAAAGAUGGCAAGAAGCUGGUGGAUCAUUACAAAAAAAUCCCACAAUUCAAAUACGACAUGAUUUCAAUGAUUCCCACCGAUUUAUUAAUGUUUAAAGUGGGAUUUAACAAUCCCGAGCUUCGUUUCAAUCGUCUCUUCAAAAUGGCACGUCUCUUUGAGUUCUUCGACCGCACGGAAACCAGAACAAACUAUCCGAACAUUUUCCGUAUCAGCAACCUCGUGCUUUACAUCCUCAUUAUUAUUCACUGGAACGCUUGCAUUUUCUUUGCCAUUUCCAAAACCAUCGGCUUUGGGACAGACACGUGGGUAUAUCCGAACAUAAGCCACCCUGAAUAUGGCCGCCUGGCCAGAAAAUACAUCUACUGUCUAUAUUGGUCCACUCUCACACUUACCACCAUUGGAGAAACUCCUCCACCCGUUAAAGAUCUCGAAUAUUUGUUCGUCGUUGCCGACUUCCUCAUCGGAGUGUUGAUUUUCGCCACCAUCGUCGGUAACGUCGGUGCAAUGAUUUCCAACAUGAAUGCUUCCCGUGCCGAGUUUCAGGCCAAGAUCGACUCUAUCAAGCAAUAUAUGCAGUUUCGUAAGGUCAGCAAAGAUCUGGAGGCUCGGGUCAUCAAAUGGUUCGACUAUCUCUGGACGGAGAAGAAGACUUGCGAUGAGAAGGAAGUCUUGAAGAACCUUCCGGACAAGCUCAAAGCCGAGAUUGCCAUCAACGUCCAUUUGGACACACUGAAAAAAGUGCGUAUCUUCCAGGAUUGCGAAGCGGGGCUACUUAUCGAGUUAGUGCUUAAGUUACAACCACAGGUCUUCAGUCCUGGAGAUUACAUAUGCAAGAAGGGCGACAUCGGCCGAGAAAUGUACAUCAUCAAAGAAGGAAAGCUUGCCGUGGUGGCCGAUGAUGGUGUUACACAAUUUGUGGUGCUCAGCGACGGUGCAUACUUCGGAGAAAUCAGCAUUCUUGGAAUUAAGGGCAGUAAGGCCGGAAACAGAAGAACGGCAAACAUUCGUAGUGUUGGAUAUUCUGAUCUAUUCGCCCUGUCCAAAGACGACCUCAUGGAAGCAUUGACAGAGUACCCAGAUGCCAAAAAAGCCCUGGAGGAGAAAGGAAAGUCCAUACUGAGGAAGGACAACCUUCUCGAUGAGGCGGUGGCGAGCGCAGGCGCUGAUCCCAAAGAUCUAGAAGAGAAGGUUCACCGCUUAGAGGGAAGCCUCGAUGUGAUGACUACCAAAUUUGCCAAGCUUAUGGCAGAGUACACAACUUACCAGAGCAAGAUCAAGCAGAGGAUCACCAACAUGGAGAACAAAGUUAAAAAACUGCAUGCAGAAGAGCUGUCUGAGGUGGUCGAGGACAAAAAAGAUGAGGACAAGACGACAAAAUAAUUUUCUGAUUCAUGUACAUAUUUCUUAUAGUGCAUUACUUUUAAAAAGUUUAUACUUAAAUUUUUAUGAUGAUGUUGUUUUAUUUGCCAUAUUUGUUAAAAAAUAUUCUAACAUCAUAUUUAUUCAACAGCUCAAUUCAUAAAUUAGACACAGUGCAAGACUUUUAAUUCUUAAUCUCCCCUUAAAGAGAAAGUACCACUUAUAUCUACUGCAUAAAUGGGUGAUUCUCCCGAAAACCAGAUUUAGAAGGUGUCCAGCAUCAGAAUUUUAAAAAAGCCCUUGAAGCCAAUAUUUUUUUGCACAUAUAAGAUUAAGGUCUGA